AUGCUGAGCCGCAGCUCCUUCACGAGCCUCGUGGUGGGGGUGUUCGCCGUGUACGUGGCGCACACGUGCUGGGUCAUGUACGGCAUCGUGUACACGCGGCCCUGCCCCGCRGCCGUGGCGGCCGGCGGCGCCGCGGGCUGCGUGUGGCCCUACCUGGCGCGGCGGCCCAAGCUGCAGCUAAGUGUGUACACUACGACAAGAUCACACAUUGGUGCUGAGAAUAAUAUAGAUCUAGUUUUGAACGUGGAAGACUUUGAUAUUGAGUCCAAAUUUGAAAGGACAGUCAAUGUCUCCGUACCAAAGAAAACCCGGAAUAAUGGAACACUAUAUGCAUAUAUAUUUCUUCACCAUGCUGGCAUUUUGCCGUGGCAUGAUGGUAAGCAGGUGCACAUCGUAAGUCCUCUGACUACGUAUAUGGUUCCUAAACCAGAAGAGAUUAAUUUGCUCACUGGAGAAUCGGACACACAACAAAUUGAAGCAGAAAAACAGACCAAUGCAUUAGAUGAACCUGUCUCACAUUGGAGGUCAAGGUUAACCUUAAAUGUCAUGGUGGAAGAUUUUAUCUUCGAUGGGUCGUCCCUCCCUGCUGAUGUUCACCGCUACAUGAAGAUGGUUCAUUUGGGGAAGACAUUGCAUUACCUUCCAAUAUUAUUUAUUGAUCAGCUAAGCAACAGAGUGAAAGAUUUGAUGGUUAUAAAUCGUUCAACCACAGAGCUACCUCUUACAGUGUCGUAUGAUAAAAUAUCUCUUGGAAAACUCCGAUUUUGGAUCCACAUGCAGGAUGCUGUAUAUUCCCUCCAACAAUUUGGGUUUUCAGAAAAGGAUGCAGAUGAAGUAAAAGGAAUUUUUGUGGAUACUAAUCUGUAUUUUCUGGCUCUGACAUUCUUUGUAGCAGCAUUCCAUCUCCUUUUUGAUUUCCUUGCAUUCAAAAAUGACAUCAGUUUCUGGAAGAAAAAGAGAAACAUGAUUGGGAUGUCUACAAAAGCAGUUCUCUGGCGGUGCUUUAGUACUGUUGUAAUAUUUCUUUUCCUUUUGGAUGAACAAACAAGCUUGUUGGUCYUGAUUCCAGCAGGCAUCGGUGCAGUGAUUGAGCUCUGGAAAGUAAAGAAAGCUUUGAAAAUGACAAUCAAGUGGCAAGGCAUAAGACCCAAAAUUCAGUUUGGUACAUACAAUGACUCUGAAAAGAAAACUGAGGAAUAUGAUGCCCAGGCUAUGAAAUAUUUGUCAUAUUUGCUGUAUCCACUCUGUAUUGGAGGUGCAGGUUAUUCCUUGCUGAAUGUUAAAUACAAGAGCUGGUACUCCUGGCUGAUUAACAGCUUUGUCAAUGGAGUGUAUGCGUUUGGGUUCCUAUUUAUGCUGCCCCAGCUGUUUGUAAACUACAAGAUGAAAUCUGUUGCACACUUACCAUGGAAGGCUUUCACCUACAAAGCAUUCAACACCUUUAUUGAUGAUAUUUUCGCUUUUAUCAUCACUAUGCCAACAUCUCAUAGGCUGGCGUGCUUUAGAGACGAUGUCGUGUUCCUGGUCUAUCUUUACCAAAGAUGGCUUUAUCCUGUGGAUAAGAGCAGAGUGAAUGAGUAUGGAGAAUCCUAUGAAGAAAAGCCGAAAAAGAAAGCUCACAGAGAAUAAUUAAAAAUUGAAGAAGUGUCUGACCCUUGGACUCUUACUGGUUACCUGUAUUACCUGGUCUUAAGGAAAAACUUAUUUAAUAAGAGUAUUUUUAAAGCUUAUGAGAGAACUACAUGGACAAUACAUCUUCUAUAUUGCCAAAAUCUAGUUUUGAUAUCCUUCUCUUUCAAGAUUCUUUUUGUCCUCGUGAGGUCAACAGUCUGCGAGAUGUCAUUCAACAUCCUGUGUUUAAACUUCUCUUCAGUGAAAAACGUAGUGUCCUGCUCAUUGUAACUGAUGUCUAAAUCGAUGUUCUUAAGACAACUCGGUAACUGUGUGGUGCCUGUCUCACUGGGCUCUAGAAAGUGGAAAAAACAGCCUCGUGUCUUACAGCAGUAUGAAGCAUCACUGCCAAACUGCAGGCUGUCAAAGUUGAAAUGGAGAGUCAUUGGAUUAGACACUAACCACAAGGUGAUAGUGGAAAUUCUAGAAAUCAUGAUUAAAAUUGUACRUGAACUGAAGUUCAUAGCUUAAAACAAUUUUUAUUGGAAAUAAUGAGACAGAUGGGCUUGGUAAAAUUCAAAUAAUGGUCAUGUUCUUAGACCACAUUCUAGCAGAGGAUUUGUUUUCUUAAAUAAGAUGGGGGGGGGGGAAGUAACAUGAUUUCUUUUAAUAUAUAUCUAAGUUUAUAUAAAUCAUUCUGUAUUGUUAAAAAAUCCGAUAUCAUGUGAUAGCAGGUGUUCAUGUAGCACAAAAUUGUGAUGUGCUAAGAAUGUCUCUUAACACAUCUUGAAUUCCUCACGAUAGGGUUGUUAGCUGAUGAUCCAAUAGACCCGUUUUCUCACCUUUCAAAGGGAAAGUGGAACGAUUUCUUGAUCUCUUCCUUCUCCCUCCCAUUCCAGAACAUGUAUCAUUCAAAUGGAAUUACUUUGCUUAAAUACAAUAUUAUUAUAUUGUACUCGACAGUUACCUAGGAAGAGGGUGAAAAAUAACCACCCUGCUUACGAACAGGUAUAACUGCUUUGUAGACAUUCUGAAAUCUAUAUUGCACCGGGCAGUUUAUGAAGGUGGUUAUGUUGAUCUGCUUUUCACUAUCAAGGUAGCAAAAAUAAACAAGUUGAAAUUGAAUUGUUGUACCAUAAUUCAAACUGCACCAGUGAAUUGAAAAACUCUAAGAAACACAGAGUUGCAGUUUAAAACUGCAAGAGUGACCAUAAAUAAAAUAUAUAGCACGUGACUUUUAGCAGCAAAUAAAAGGGUUCAAUUCCAAAACCAAGAAUUGAAUGACUAAGUCUAGUGUCUCUUUGGUCAGUGACUUUACGUGAAUUAACCAAAUCACUGCCAACCAAAAGGUUUUCAUUCAGUUGCACCCUGUUUGUGCAAAGCUGCUUAACUUCAACAUCCUAUUGAUUUGAAACAUAAAUAACUUCACAGAACCAAGAUCUACUACUGUGCUCUGUUAACUGCUUUAUGAACUACACUUUAUUGAGGCCCAAUGUUGCAGAAGCCUAAAGGCAUAAACGCUUGGGUCAUCCCCAGAAUACAGGCUUGGGUCGAACUUCUUUUGUCAUGGACUACAGUCUGGUUUUACUCAAGUGCUUACAUGCUGCUCAGAGUGUAAAGGAGUCUUGAGUUGGAUAUUUAACCCAUUUUSAUGUUAAACUCUUUACAUUUUUAGUUGUAAAUAAUGAGGACCGUAGAUC